AUGGUUAGUGGUAUAACGCAAGCACUGCCAUUCGUAAACACUGGAUGCGACUAUGCAGGACCAAUUCUUCUGAAGGACGCUAAGGUGCGCAAGCCGCGCAUCAGCAAGGGAUACAUAUGCCUAUUUGUAUGUAUGGUUACAUCGGCGAUCCAUCUAGAACUCGCCACCGACUUAUCCACGGAAACAUUUCUGGCGGCAAUAAGACGAUUUUUCUUAAUACGAGGCAAAUGUACACGCAUGUACAGCGACAACGGAACAAAUUUCAUCGGAGCCAGGCGAUCCCUGGAUGAAAUGCAGCAGCUACUGAACUCAACACAACAGAAGGAUCACGUAGCGAACUCACUAGCAGACGAAGGUAUCCAAUGGACCUUCAUCCCACCUCGUGCUCCACUUUGGGGAGGAAAGUGGGAAUCAGCAGUUCGAUGUGUUAAACUGCAUCUUCGACGAGUCAUUGGCAGCAGCACACUAGCACAUGAGCAAAUGCGCACCUUGCUGGCGCAGAUCAGUGCGGUGGUCAACUCACGACCCUUAUGCUACACGUCGGAUACAGAUAGCAACUAUCUGUCACCAGCCCAUUUCCUGAUCGGGCGACCAUUUACGACGAUCCCGGAGGCGGAUCUUGGGCCGUUUGGGAUACUGGCAGAGUAUCCAAUCGAUGUACCGAUGUACUAG